CGUCCCGGCGCCUUGGGUCACCUUCCCACGGCUGGCAUCUGGGCGUGGCCACUGCCCCCGGCCGGCGGGACCUGGCGCCCAACCCUGGGGGGGCCGGUGCCACGGCUCGGGGACGGGGCCAAGGCCGCCGCGAGCUCCCGGGCCGGUCCCGGGGGCGGUGCCUUGCGGGCUGGCCCCGCGGGCUCCUCCCCUCUCCGCGGGCCCAGUCGCCCUUUGGCCGGGCGAGCUAGUCACCGCGGCCCAAUGACGACGAGGCCCGAUCCUUCCCGCCCAGAACCUAGAGAGACGACUGAAGAGGGGCCCGAAGCGGCUGCAUUGCUGUCGCCGCCGCCGCUGCAGCAAGAGCUCCCCGGCUUCAGAGAGAUACCAGCUCACGUCAGCUUUCCCCAGUGUCCGGCCCUCCGGGACGGCACCUAACAACAACCAGCGCCCGCGUCUGGACUUGGCUAGCGAGAUACUUUAUAUCAGAAGGCUCGGGAUCUGGAGCCAUGGAGGUCGUGGAGACCCAGAAUCCAGGGAACACGGGAACCGGUGUCCCAUCCUCGGAGCAGAUAAGCUGUGCCAGAGGGAAUCCACAGGUUGAUUGCUCUGAAGAUACUGGAGGCACUGAGGCUGUGCAGGUCACAGACAGCCAGAGCCCUGAGGACAGUCGACCCCCAAAUAAGCCGGGCUACUGCAAUCCGGAGGACUCUGGGCAGCUGAUGGCUUCCUAUGAGGGUAAUGCCAGGGGCUACCAGGUCCCUCCCUUUGGCUGGCGCAUCUGCCUGGCUCAUGAGUUUUCAGAGAAGAGGAAACCCUUUCGGGCUAACAACAUCUCCCUGAGCAACCUGAUAAAGCAUUUGGGCAUGGGCUUGAGGUACUUACAGUGGUGGUACCAGAAGACCCAGGUGGAAAAGAAGACACCUUUCAUUGACAUGAUCAAUUCUGUACCCUUGAGACAGAUCUACGGUUGUCCCUUGGGUGGCAUUGGGGGAGGCACUAUCACCCGUGGCUGGAGAGGCCAAUUCUGUCGUUGGCAGCUUAACCCUGGAAUGUAUCAGCACCGGAUAGUCAUCGCUGACCAAUUCACAGUAUGCUUGCGUCGGGAAGGGCAAACUGUGUACCAGCAAGUCCUGUCCCUGGAGCGGCCAAGUGCCCUGCGCAGCUGGAACUGGGGCCUCUGUGGGUACUUUGCUUUCUACCAUGCUCUCUAUCCCCGAGCCUGGACUGUCUAUCAGCUUCCUGGCCAGAAUGUCACCCUCACCUGCCGCCAGAUCACACCCAUCUUGCCCCAUGACUACCAGGACAGCAGCCUGCCUGUAGGAGUCUUUGUGUGGGAUGUGGAAAAUGAAGGGGACGAAGCUCUGGAUGUGUCCAUCAUGUUCUCCAUGCGGAAUGGACUGGGGGGUAGAGACGAUUCCCUAGGGGGUUUGUGGAAUGAGCCCUUCUGUCUGGAACGUGAUGGGGAGACUGUACAGGGGCUGUUGCUGCAUCAUCCAACCCUUCUGAAUCCCUACACAAUGGCUAUGGCUGCACGACUCACGGCAGAUACCAGGGUAACCCACAUCACAGCUUUUGACCCUGACAGCACUGGGCAGCAGGUGUGGCAGGACCUACUUCAGGAUGGACAGCUGGACUCCCCUGCUGGCCGAAGCACCCCCUCACAGAAAGGAGUAGGCAUCGCUGGAGCCGUAUGUGUUUCCAGCAAGCUGCCUCCUCGAGGCCAGUGCCGCCUUGAGUUUUCACUGGCUUGGGACAUGCCCAGAGUCAUGUUUGGAGCUAAGGGCCAAGUCUACUACAGGCGGUACACAAGGUUCUUUGGCCGAGAAGGUGAUGCAGCACCUGCCCUUAGCCACUAUGCACUGUGCCGAUACACCAACUGGGAAGAGAGGAUCUCAGCUUGGCAGAGCCCAGUUUUGGACGACAGAUCCUUGCCUGCCUGGUAUAAAUCUGCGCUGUUCAAUGAACUGUACUUCCUGGCCGAUGGAGGCACAGUAUGGCUGGAAGUUCCCGAGGACUCCCUACCUGAAGAGCUGGGAGGAAGCAUGUGUCAGCUCCGCCCCAUCCUACGGGAUUACGGCCGAUUUGGCUACCUUGAGGGCCAGGAGUAUCGCAUGUACAACACAUAUGAUGUCCACUUUUAUGCUUCCUUUGCCCUCAUCAUGCUCUGGCCCAAACUUGAGCUCAGCCUACAAUAUGACAUGGCUCUGGCCACUCUCAGCGAGGACCUGACAUGGCGACGGUACCUGAUGAGUGGGGUAAUGGCACCUGUGAAAAGGAGGAAUGUUAUCCCCCAUGAUAUUGGGGACCCAGAUGAUGAGCCGUGGCUCCGGGUCAAUGCAUAUUUGAUCCAUGAUACUGCUGAAUGGAAGGACCUGAACCUGAAGUUUGUGCUGCAGGUUUAUCGAGACUAUUACCUGACGGGUGACCAAGGUUUCCUGAAGGACAUGUGGCAUGUCUGUCUAGCUGUGAUGGAGUCUGAAAUGAAGUUUGACAAGGACCAUGAUGGACUCAUUGAGAAUGGAGGCUAUGCAGACCACACCUAUGACGCAUGGGUCACCACAGGCCCCAGUGCUUACUGUGGAGGGCUGUGGCUGGCAGCUGUGGCUGUGAUGGUCCAGAUGGCUGCUCUGUGCGGGGCACAGGACAUCCAGGAUAAGUUUUCUUCCAUCCUCAGCCGGGGCCAAGAAGCCUACGAAAGACUGUUGUGGAACGGCCGCUAUUACAACUAUGAUAGCAGCUCUCAGCCUCAGUCUCGUAGUGUCAUGUCUGACCAGUGUGCUGGACAGUGGUUCCUGAAGGCCUGUGGCCUAGGAGAAGGAAACACUGAGGUAUUUCCUACCCGACAUGUGGUCCGUGCGCUCCAAACAAUCUUUGAGCUCAACGUUCAGGCCUUUGCAGGAGGUGCCAUGGGGGCUGUGAACGGGAUGCAGCCCCAUGGUGUCCCUGACAGAUCCAGUGUGCAGUCUGAUGAAGUCUGGGUGGGUGUGGUCUACGGGCUGGCAGCCACUAUGAUCCAAGAGGGCCUGACUUGGGAGGGCUUCCGGACAGCUGAAGGCUGCUACCGUACAGUGUGGGAGCGCCUGGGCCUGGCCUUCCAGACUCCGGAGGCAUAUUGUCAGCAGCAAGUGUUCCGUUCGCUGGCCUACAUGCGGCCACUGAGCAUCUGGGCCAUGCAGCUGGCCCUUCAACAGCAGCAGCAUAAAAAGGCCUCCAGGCCAAUAGUCAAACAGGGCACAGGGCCUGAAUCUGGACCAAAAGAAGCCAUGGCAAACCUGAGCCCAGACUGAGCUCUCUGAACUGUGGGAGGGAGGCCCUAACAGCCCAGCCUCCAGCCUGGCCUUUCCUCCCUUCCCCCAAACCUCCUGCAGCCCUGAGCCACCAGGACAAUCAUGCCCUUUCCCUUCUCCCCACCCAAUUGUGCCAGUAAAGAGGGGUUGAGGGUGACCUAGGUGUUAGAAUCAUUUAUUUAUUUCUUUCCUCAUCCCGUCCCUCAACGCAUGAAAUUCGAGGAGGUCAGUUGAUUUUCCCAGGUCCCUUCAUAGGGUGAUAGACACACAUGGGUACAAAUAAAAGACCCAGAAAGCCAGUAAGUGUGGUGUGUUUGAACCCUCUGGCUUCCUAACAGGGCAUAGGAGCUGAAGCCAGCCCUCUCCCCCUCCUUUUUAUCUGGACACAGAUUGGUGGGCCCCCCCCCAGGCUAUUGCUAAGACACCCUGCCCCUUAUCCUUACAUCUAUCCUGAGUAUCUGCCCUGCAAGAUGACAGAUGAGGCACUGUGGGCAGGGAACCAUCUCCCCUUUCUUGUGAGAUUUGCCUGCAGGAAAAGGAUGGGACCUGGGCAGGGAGGCUGUGAGAAGAAGUCCAGGAGUGGCCAUUUCAGGGGAGGUCCUGUACCAGAAACUUGAGGCAUAUAGUAGGGCAGGCAGGAAUUACCAGGGGCCUGGAGCACAUGGUCUGAGCUGUUCAGCAACUGGUUUACGCUGACCCUUGGUACCUCUGACUUCAGGGCAGACAGC